AUGAAGACUAAACCGAUCAUCGUUCGACAUCGUUUUAUUCGUCUUAUUAUUGCUCAUAUUUUAUGUGCUAUUCAUAUGAGUCUUUCAAUUUAUGUUCUUUAUUCUAUCAAGGCUAAAACAUAUUUAUAUUUUAUUCCGAUGUUUGGUACAAUUUUAUUCGGUGUUGAAGCAAUAUUUUCUCUUGCUUUAUAUCGAUGUAAAGAAUAUUUUCGUGGUUUUUCAAUUCUUGUAUUUGUUUAUUCAAUAACAAUAAUUGCUUCCAUAUGGGUACUUGAAUUACAUCGUAUAAAUGAACUUAAACAAGAUGGAUGGAAAACAGUAACGAUAUCAUUUCAUCAUAUUCCAACACGAUUUGGUGAUGUACAAGGACCAUGGGUAAAACCAAAAGAUUUUUUACAAAAUUUUAAAUAUAUAUGGUCACAAGUUGAAAUACAAGUCUAUCUUUUUCUUCUUCUUAUACUUCGUGCAUUAUUACCUAAACAAGAUUCGAUAUCAUAUUUUGGUAAAACUAAUUUAUUAUUUAAUUAUUUUGCAACUGGUAUGGAUUUAUUAGAUUUUAUUGAUUUAUUAUCAUAUCCUCAACUAUAUUUUAAUUCACGUCUUGUUUAUGCUACUUUAUGUGUAUGGUCAAUAAGUUGUUUACAAUUUAUUAUCUAUGUACCUGAAGUUAAAGAUAAUAAAUUAAAAGAAUUACAUUCAUUUUUAACAAAUUCACUUUUAGUCACAUUUCUUAUGGAUCUACCAUUUCUUAUUGUACGAAUUUAUGCUAUAUUUGGUUGUGGUAAACACGAUUAUACAAGUUAUUUUUUUGUUUUUAAAAAUAUUGUGGUUAUAUUAUUACAAAUUGCACGUAUACAAGCAAUUAUUGUUGAACGUAAUCAACAUCGAAAAAAUCAAUUAAAUCAACUUACUUAUAUACCACAAGCACCAUUUAAUACUAGAGUUAAAUCUCAACAAUCAUCUAUACCAUUAACAAAUAAUAAUAAUAAUCGAACAGGAGGAGGAGCUCGAAUUAUUUUUUCAAAUUAUUCACAAAAUAAUAAACGUAGUAGACAACCAGAUGAUGGUCAAAUUAAAAAUUUUAGUAAUGUUUAA